AUGUGAAUCAUGUGGUGCUGCGGAACCGGGGACAUGCGAAGGUCACUUUGGGUAUAUAGAAUUACCAAUUCCAGUAUAUCAUCCUUCCCAUGUGAGCGAACUAAAGCGGUUGUUGAGCCUGUCAUUGCUCUGUGAUCCAAACCCAAACCCAAGCCCAAAUGCAGGUUUCCCCUUUUUCUCAUUUCAGUCAAUGCUCUGUGAUCCAAAUGCAAACUCACCUGCAAAUUCAGAAGCAGCAUUGUUGUUUAGUGAGAACAAGCGUGAAUACAACCGGAGGGUGCGUGAAAUUGUUGAGCAGAGCUGGACAGAAGACUAAAUCUCUCUUGCUUUGGGUGCUAUAGGACGUAAUUAAGCUGCUUCAAAUCACUAAUCUUCCUCGUUGUAGGUGGCUGGUCUGAUUUUCUCUGGUGUUUGUGUAUCAUUGCUGUAUUAAUUACAAAUGUAAUAGAAAGUAUUAUGUUUACAGGUUGUAAUUUAAAUUAUUGACGUUAGUUAUUCAUGUAUUAUGUAUGUGAUUUAAAUCAUGGUUAUUCAUGUAUUAUGUUGAAUGCUUUAAUGGUUGAUAAUAUAUUUUAGUGUUGAUGGA